GGGGGGGGUGAUUUGAUACAUAUAUAUAUAUAUAUCUGUACGUCUGACAUGAGCGUGGCGAGCGUGGGCGUUGGGAUGGUGUUUUGUUCGUGUGCGUUCUUGCGUCUUGCGGCUUGGGCUUUGCAAUGCAAUGCGAUGGAGAAGCUUUUGUUUCUGAAGGGCUUCUUGUUGCCGAUUUUUUGUGGGCCUGGAUGAUGGGGAUGGGGAUGGGGAUGGGGAUGGGGAUCAAUCACAUUUGUGUUUGUUGUUUUCCUUUGCAAAGCAUAUCGUUUUACCAUACUAUACCAUACUAUACCAUUAUCGUUAUCGUUGUCGUUGUCGUUAUCGGUAUCGUUGCUUAUAUAACAUUGUUGCAUUGCUGUUAUAUCGUUGUUAUUGUUGUCUUACGACGCCUUCUCUUGUUUCUGUGCCUUUUUUUGGGGGCUAGAGGGUUGGGCUGGAGGGGUGAUGGAGAUAUAUGUGUCCAUAUGGUAUGGGUAUGGAUUUGUGUAUAGGCGGACAUGCUUGGGUGUAGAUGAUGUAUAUGCGCAUAUGUACGCAUUUUUAGAUAUAUGAGUGUUUGAGUGUUUGUUUUGAAUGUUAUUGAAUCCAC